GGCGCGCACACGCUCCCGGCCCAGCCCAGCCCGGCGUGGAGGCCCCGGCCCGCCCCGCGGGGCCCGACGCCAGCGCUCGGGGCAGCGGUUCCAGGGCCGGCCCGCGCGUUCGCCAGGGAGCCGCACGCUCCCAUCCCUAGCGGGUACCGGGACCGGGAGCCCGGGACCCAGAGAAGCCCGGCAGAGCCCGACGGGCCCGCGGCCGCGAUGCCGGACGAGCUGACGGAGCCCGGGCGCGCCACGCCGGCCCGCGCCUCCUCCUUUCUCAUCGAGAACCUGCUGGCGGCCGAGGCCAAGGGCGCAGGGCGCGCGGCCCAGAGCGACGGCGGCCGCGAGGACGAGGAGGAGGACGACGAUGACCCAGAGGACGAGGAUGCUGAGCAGGCGCGGCGGCGACGGCUGCAGCGGCGGAGACAGUUGCGCGCGGGCACCGGACCCGGCGGGGAGGAGCGGGCCCGGACGCUGCUCGGGCCGGGCGCGCUGUGCCUUGGUCCCCGGCCGCCCCCCGGUCCCGGGCCGCCCUACGCUCUGGGCUGCGGAGGCGCGACACGCUGGUAUCCACGGGCUCACGGCGGCUACGGAGGCGGCCUCAGUCCUGACACCAGCGACCGGGACUCACCAGAGACGGGCGAGGAGAUGGGCCGUGCCGAGGGAGCCUGGCCGCGGGUCCCUGGGCCGGAAGCGGUGCAGCGGGAGGCGGCCGAGCUGGCGGCCCGGGGCCCCGCGGCCAGCGCGGAGGAAGCGGCGGAGCUGGCCGAUGCCCCUGUGGCGACGGGGGAGGCGCGUGGCGGUGGCGUUGGCGUUGGUGGCAGUCGAAAGAAGAAGACUCGCACAGUCUUCUCCCGCAGCCAAGUCUUCCAGCUCGAGUCCACCUUCGACCUGAAGCGCUACCUAAGCAGCGCCGAGCGCGCCGGCCUCGCCGCCUCCCUGCAGCUCACUGAGACGCAGGUCAAGAUCUGGUUCCAGAAUCGCCGCAACAAGUGGAAGCGGCAGCUGGCUGCUGAGCUGGAGGCGGCCAGCCUGUCCCCGCCGGGAGCGCAACGCCUCGUCCGCGUGCCGGUGCUCUACCACGAAAGUCCCCCGGCCGCAGCUGCGGCCGGGCCCCCGGCCACGUUGCCCUUCCCGCUGGCGCCGGCCGCGCCCGCGCCGCCCCCGCCACUGCUCGGCUUCUCCGGGGCCCUUGCUUACCCGCUGGCCGCCUUCCCGGCCGCCGCCUCCGUGCCCUUUCUGCGGGCGCAGAUGCCGGGCCUGGUGUGAGUCCCCACUCGCUGGCCCGCUCCCCGCGGCCACUGUGGACCUCUGUGGACGCGUUGUCGGCGGGGGCGCCGGCGUGGGGCUGCGGUAGGGUAGGGCUGCGCCUG